ACAUUUAUUUCAGUCUGCUUCUAGCGAGUCGUUCCGACCAGUAAUUCUUUGUGCAGCGUAAUUCGCCAACAGUCCAGUGUGAACGAUGCACGCGGUAAUAUCGCAUUAGAUCUAAUUCUGUUUCUCACCUAUCUCAUAAAAUAGGUUACGAAGGACCUUCUUUUUAUUUUCAUUUUUAUUUCUACAUUGCAUAUUUUCUUUAAAAUUUCGUUUGGGACAAGUACUUCCAUUUUAUCGACACCGCAGCGAAAAGAAAGACAAGAAUGAAUUCUCCUUGGCGUAAAUUAUCUACACUCGCGUUCUUCCUCGCGUUAUGCUGUUACAUGAGUGAUCAUAAUUCAGUGUCUGCAAGAAAUGUCGAAAACUCUAGACAGAAAAGAGCUUUGGCAUCCACAAAUACUUGUGAUAGUGUGAAAACGUUUUUUCAAUCAAGGAAUAUACCUUUACGACCGUCGAAUAGCCCUAAAGGAAAUAUAUGUGGUGGACAAUGCUGCGGCAAAGAUUCUGAGGCAAAGCUGAGGCAACAUGGACAACAUGUCUUCUCGACGAUGCUCAGUCAUAAUUUUGUGUCUCUACAAGGACUUCUCAAUUCUGCAGCCACGACAUUACAAAGUCACGUGGCGGAGCUAACGCAACAGUCUAAAAUGUACACAUCAAAGCUGAUUUCUCAAGUGUAUAAAAAGAUGCCUUUGGAUGAUACGAUAAACGGAUUUUACUUGGAUAUCCAGAAUUACAUACAUAUUAAUACUAGUCAAGAGACGCCGAGUACUGAUAUUGAUAUAAACAACUCAGUAGAGAAUUUCUUCGUGGAGUUGUUUCCUUUAGCAUACCAAAAUGUUGUCGGUUUGCAAAACAAAGAAUUUUCUGCAGAAUACAAGAAGUGUAUGAAGGAAACUUUCAACGAUGUUCAACCCUUCGGAGAAAUUCCAAAGCAGUUAUCGCUGUCACUUAGCAAGAGUUUUGACGCAACCAGACUUCUUAUGCAAGCGUUAGGUAUCGGAGUGGAGGUAUUAAAUGUUACACAUACACUUAUCAUUGAGGAUAAUGGAAAAUCGAAUAUUGAAUGUCACGAUGCCAUUAUGAAAAUGACUUUCUGUCAUAAAUGCAUGGGACUUAAAGUUGACUCGAAACCAUGCUCCGGUUAUUGUUUGAAUGUUCUUCGAGGUUGUCUUACGAAAUAUGUUUCCGAGCUUGAUAUGCCUUGGACAGUUUAUAUAGAUUCUGUAGAGAAAUUAGUUACUGCUAUUAAACAGAAAAACAAUGAAGCUGGUGUUAGCAUAGAUACAGUUAUCCGAGGUUUAUAUACUAGGAUUUCAGAAUCUAUCAUGCAUAUUAUGGAAAUCGGAAAUGAUCUGCAGACUAAGGUGAAGAAAAUGUGUGGUUCUGUUACAUAUAAUAUUAAUACAACGGCGGUGGUAGAGACAACUGAAAAUAAUUUGUCUGUAAGACAAAGUAAUAUCCAAUAUGCUACUUUCCCAGAGUCGCAAAUGUCUCAUUUCUUGAAUACUAUUUCAAAGAAACGUAGCUUUUAUGCCCAGCUUGCAGAUAAUUUUUGCAGUGACGAAAGUUUUGCUGUUACGAAAGAUCAACAUUGUUGGAAUGGAGACAGAAUUGGAGAGUAUACAAAAACUGUGGCAGAUGCAACUCUUGACAUGCAGAAAUACAAUCCGGAAAUUAAAACAAAUAUUAAGAAUGUCGAUAGUCGAGUAGCAAGUCUAUCUGAUAAACUGAGACAUAUACAACAGAUGGUAAUGUCAUCACUUGGAACUGUGUCUUUUCCGGAAUCAGACUAUAUGCAAAGCGACCGUGCUGACGGUUCAGGUUCCGGUGGAGGUCCUGAUAUGUCCGAAGAUGACGAUGAUGACUUAGCACGUGGAUCUGGGUCUGGACAUGAAUCUUAUGAUCCGAAAGAACCAGGAAUUACGGAAAUAGGUAAAGAUGUCGAUAUAAAGUCCGAUAAGCCAGCAAGUGGAUCGAGUAUGCAAAAAUCUUCGUAUAUAUUACAAAUUAUGUUUGUACUUUUGUCAAUAGUUUUUCGACUUCUAUAAUUAUGCUUUAUUUCUGAUUUUGGUUGAUUGAUAUGGAAAGCAAUAAUUUAUAAAACAACAUUCAACACUUAUAUACUACAAUUUUUAUCAGCGUAAAUAUUGAAUUUACUUG